UCCACCACCUCCCAACAAAAUCCUAAACUGAAACCCCUCUCCCUCCCCUCUGACGACAAGGCGGCCGACCACCGCAAAUUCUCCACCUCGUUCCCCAAAUCUCAACUGCUUGCUGAUUCUGCUGUGAAGCACGCCGGCGGUGAUUUCCUGGGGUUUCCACGCCGUGGUCUGGCCUGAAUCGCUCGUGUCAAAGCCCAGACAUUUCCGUGACCUAGAGCCGCCGCCGUGCCGAGUCCGCCUCUCACUCGCGCCGCCGCCAUCGCCGUUCCCGUUCUACCAACCAACCUCCACAAAUUUUGGGCGUGCCGGCGCACACCCGGCACAGCAUCUGGAUCCGUCCCCUGUGUGCUGUUAAGCUUGCUGGGAUGGCGACUCAGCUGCCGUGCUUCACGCAGCUCGCUCCGCCGUCACCUGGAUGGAGAGGCGAAGCCGGGAGCCUCGGGGCUACAUCUGGGAGGGCACUGGUCAAAAGCACUCCCCUUUCGGGUCACUCUCACUUCAGGUGUUGCGCGAGCCCACGCAGCGCGAGCUCGUUUCAGAAGAAAGACUCCUUCUUGGACCUCCACCCGGAGGUGUCCCUGCUCCGCGGUGAGCAGAACGACGAGGUUGUUAACCCAAGGAACGAUUCCCACAAUGGGAGCACGCUGGAGGGGUUGGGGGUGCCGUCUGACCGUGAUGAUUACAACGCUGCCAAGAUCAAGGUCAUUGGAGUCGGCGGUGGGGGUUCGAAUGCCGUCAACAGGAUGAUUGAGUGCUCCAUGAAUGGUGUCGAGUUUUGGAUUGUCAACACUGAUGUGCAGGCGAUAAGGAUGUCCCCGGUACAUUCACAGAACAGGCUCCAGAUUGGGCAGGAGCUGACUCGGGGUCUCGGUGCGGGUGGAAACCCUGAUAUUGGGAUGAAUGCCGCCAAGGAGAGCUGUGAGUCCAUCGAAGAAGCACUGCACGGUGCUGACAUGGUUUUCGUGACGGCUGGAAUGGGUGGGGGAACUGGAACUGGAGGUGCCCCUGUAAUUGCUGGAAUCGCCAAGUCCAUGGGUAUACUGACCGUGGGUAUCGUCACAACACCCUUUUCAUUUGAGGGGAGAAGGCGGGCAGUUCAGGCUCAAGAAGGAAUAGCAGCCUUGAGAAAUAGCGUGGACACUCUUAUUGUUAUCCCAAAUGACAAGUUGUUGUCUGCUGUUUCCCCAAACACUCCUGUCACCGAAGCAUUCAACUUGGCUGAUGAUAUUCUUUGGCAAGGAAUCCGUGGUAUCUCUGAUAUCAUUACGGUUCCUGGGUUGGUUAAUGUAGAUUUUGCUGAUGUGCGAGCCAUCAUGCAAAAUGCAGGGUCAUCUUUGAUGGGUAUAGGGACUGCUACAGGCAAGUCAAGAGCAAGAGAUGCUGCUCUUAAUGCCAUACAAUCGCCGCUGCUAGAUAUUGGAAUUGAGAGAGCUACAGGCAUCGUGUGGAAUAUCACUGGGGGAACUGAUUUGACUUUGUUUGAGGUAAAUGCUGCUGCUGAAAUAAUCUACGAUCUUGUUGAUCCAAAUGCUAAUCUGAUAUUCGGUUCUGUCAUAGACCCAUCACUCAGUGGCCAGGUGAGCAUAACCUUGAUCGCUACAGGCUUUAAACGGCAGGAUGAACCAGAAGGUCGCACCUCAAAGGGGGGCCAACAAAUGCAAGGAGACAAUGGUCGACAUCCAUCUUCCACAGGUGGCAGCAAGGUGGAGAUUCCUGAGUUCCUUCGGAGGAGAGGACCUUCUCGCUUCCCGCGAAUUUGACUCUUCUCCCUACUCCCCUUUCGAGAGAUAUGCCUGAUGACACCCGUCCCUCUUAGAUUAGCUGCCAACCUGUAAGAUACCAGACCUGUAGAGUGUAGUUGUUUUCGGUAGAGGUUUUUUCUUUUUUCAGUUUUGUGUGGUCUUUCUGUUCUUUCAUUGGGAAUGUUACUGCCAAUAAUGUGUAGCAGUGAGCUUUGCCAGUGCUGUAGAAAAUGUUACUGCCUGCCUCA